UUCCCAUGCAAACAGUCAAAAGUCUGCUUAUGGAUAGGUAAUCCACAUUCUACGAUCUUUUUCUUUCCUUUCCUUUGCAGAGAAUCAACACUUUCCUUUGAUAGAAUAUUCCUUUGCACACCUUGUUGACCAGUAGACAUGUUAUGUGAUUCCCCUUCUUGCCCAAUUAGGGCCUUAAAUCUUGAGCCGGAUUUUCUAGACGUUGAUGGCGAUUCUGUAGGACUUUCCUUCUUUUGAUUUCUGCGAGGUCUAUGUUGGGCAUGGAUCCAGGGACCAUAUUGACCCGACCAGUCAGUUGCAAGCGAGACCUCCAAUGUCUCUCCAUGGCGGUUAGCCAUAUUUUCCUCCAUACUCCUUUUGUUAGGGCACAUGACUUGACUAUGUCCAACAAUUCCACAUUCAAAACACACUUGAGCCCCAGUUGUAUGUGCUUGAAGUACUUCAGAGACGGGACUGGGUCCCUUCAGAUCAAUGUUAUCACGAUUUCCACAGGCAUCUUCCUGAACCAUGGGCUGAACUUCUGCAAAAUAGAAUCAAGAACAUGUCCGACAAAGGGGUCUUCAUUAACAGCUUGUGGCACAUUACAGUAUCCUGGAAAUCCAAGAAACUGUAAUCUUUCAGAUUCUGUCAGUUUUGAAAAUCCAAAUGAACCCGUCCAUGUGUUUAAAACGCUAGGAACAGCAGCUAAAAUCAGUCUCUGGACUCCUAAUUUCUUCAGCUUCUGAAAGAAGAAAAACAAUUGAAAAGAACAUAUAGUGAUGAGAAAAAAUUUCAGCCCAUGAGAAUAUCUUCUUCAUUCUCCCUGAGAUAAGAGUAGAAUCUACAGGUUACCUUUUCAAGCACAUUCAUUAGUAUGCCACACAUUCCAAGUCGACGGUACUGAACUCUAGUGCCAACAAGUGGUAUUUCUGCCACCUUCUCUCCAUAGACCCUUGAACAAGAAAAAAGAUUUUCAGAUCCCCAUAUUGUCUAAAGUAGGACAUGUAUAAUAAUAUCUAAUUAACAAAAAUAUACCUAACUGUAGCCACUGUAAUAAAUUCAUCAUCCUUCUGCAGAAGAACUGUAUAGAAUCCUCGAAAAUUCAGACGGUUGAGUUCUGACCUGCAAAAGCCAAAAUGACAACUGAAAGGUUCAGUACCCGUUCUCUAGUUCUUAUGGAGAAACUGAUAAACAAAGUACCUAAAUGUAUACAAGUAUUAGUUAAAUAUAUAGCAUAAUAGAGAAUCAAGACCUGCCAAGCUCAAUCAUUUGACAUUUGAACUUCAAAAGAAGGAAAAUUUUAAGCUCUGCAUGCCAUUAUUUUCCAACCAGAAAAGGAAUUUAGCCAUUCAGAUUUUGUUUAAUAAGAGUUUCUUACCUUUUUCUG